AUGAACUGGCAGGGACCCCGGAGGAUGUAUAAACCGGCUCUAUUCUUCGUCCCCUUGAUGCCUGUUGACCUAGCCUCCCCGGUCCCGGAUAGCCCUUUGCGGCACUCCCGGGCGUUGGCUGGGUGGUGGGGCUGGGCGUUCCCGCCGGGCCCUCCGCUGCCGCCGCCGCUAGUUUGA